AACUCACAUUCAAUCAUCUGUGCCCACAUGAAUCUGAAUUUAAAAUGGCGGCGUGUGGAGGAGGUGAAGUUUGUUAGUAUUGGUAUAUUGCCUAUUCGACAAUAUUUUAUCAUGAGGUGGUUUGUAUGGGAGAGAGUUUAAGACGUGAUCGUUGAAAGGGCUUGUGAUGUGGCUGUGGCUGUCUGUUAUAAUGUUCCUGCAGUAUGAGGAAUUAUGUACUUGUAUGCCAACAUAAGUGUUUUAAUUUGUAUUGUUGACCGUUAGAGAAGUCGUGAGUAUGGACUGUAUCAUCCAGAAUCAGUGACUAGCGGUAGAGAUGGCAUGGUAUGGUGCUAUAGAAAAUCUCCUUACGCGGUGUGAUAAGUUUUAUGGAAGUCAUGAAGUUGAAAGUGAGGUUAAGACAAAGACACUUUAGGUGCAUACCGUUUCUUCUUCUAUUGUUAACACAUACGUGGUCUGUAGGAACACUGGAAGAACGAUCUGAUGACAAGUGGAUGCAUUUUCGAUGCAAUGAUACAAGUUCUGUUCAAAUGGUGAAGGUCAAAUUCUCAUCCCAAGUAGUGAGAAAUGAAUAUAUUGUUGCAUUUAAUGAUUACUACAAAACAAAUACACGAGAAAAGUUUAUCACUGCUGCACUCAAUGGAUCUGGAGUGGAAAAUUGGAAGAUUUUAACUCGGAACAACCCAGCAAGUGACUAUCCCAGUGAUUUUGACGUUGUUUUGUUGGAGGAAACAGAGAAGUUGAGUGGAUUGGCAGCACUUAAUAGGCAUCCAUCAGUACGGCGUGUGACUCCACAACGAGUAGUACAUCGAACCUUAAAGUAUGUCAACCUUACUGAUUCCAAGGCAGAUUGUUUGGGUCCUGGCUGCUCCUAUCAUACCUGGCAGUCAUCUCGCCCAUUGCGGAGAUCCAGUUUAGCCAUUAAUAAUCAGUUUUGGCAGUCUACAGGGAGGCAUACUAGCAGACGGUUGUUGAGAGCUAUUCCAAGGCAAAUUACCACAAUACUACAAGCUGAUGCCCUAUGGAGUAUGGGAAUAACAGGAACUGGUGUGAAGGUUGCAGUGUUUGACACAGGCUUAGCAAAGACACAUCCACAUUUCAAGAAGAUAAAGGAGAGGACGAACUGGACAACUGAAAAGACUUUAGAUGAUGGACUUGGUCAUGGAACAUUUGUAGCUGGAGUAAUUGCUUCAAGUCAGGAAUGUCUAGGGUUUGCACCAGAUGCAGAGCUACAUGUGUUCAGGGUCUUCACGAAUAAUCAGGUAUCAUACACCUCCUGGUUUCUCGAUGCUUUUAACUAUGCCAUCUUAAAAAAGAUUGGGGUUCUGAAUUUAAGUAUUGGUGGGCCUGACUUUAUGGAUCACCCAUUUGUUGAUAAAGUAUGGGAGUUGACUGCAAACAAAGUGAUUAUGGUGUCAGCUAUUGGCAAUGAUGGACCUCUGUAUGGAACACUAAACAAUCCAGCAGAUCAGAUGGAUGUUAUUGGUGUGGGAGGUAUAAAUUUUGAAGAUCAAAUAGCAAAGUUUUCUUCCAGAGGAAUGACUACAUGGGAACUUCCACAGGGAUAUGGCCGAGUGAAACCAGACAUUGUUACUUAUGGGUCUGCUGUGAGAGGAUCAAGUAUUAAAGGCAGUUGUCGAACUCUGUCUGGCACCAGUGUUGCUUCACCUGUUGUAGCUGGAGCAGUGACUCUCUUAGCUAGUGGUGUGUUGCAUCGUGGGAAUGCCAUCAAUCCAGCCAGUAUGAAGCAGGCUCUUAUGGCUUCUGCUCGGAGACUGCCAGGUGUCAAUAUGUUUGAGCAGGGUCAUGGCAAACUUGACCUGCUCAAGGCGUACCAGAUUUUGAACAGCUACAAACCUCAAGCCAGCCUAAGUCCUAGCUACGUGGAUCUUACUGAGUGCCAGUACAUGUGGCCAUACUGUACACAGUCACUGUACUAUGGUGCAAUGCCGACAAUUGUAAAUGUCACUAUUCUGAAUGGUUUGGGGGUGUCAGGCCAUGUUGUAGGCAAGCCACAGUGGCACCCUUACACUCCACAGUUUGGUCAGUACUUGGAUAUAGCGCUGACUUUUUCUGAACUGCUGUGGCCUUGGUCAGGAUGGAUGGCAGUAAGCAUUGCAGCUGCCCGAACUGCUGCCAGCUGGGAAGGCAUUGCACAGGGACACAUUGCACUUACUAUAGAAUCCCCACCGGAAGAUGGUGAGACAGAAUCACGACAGUCAUCUGUGAAACUUGCGAUCAAGGCCAAGAUAAUACCUACACCUCCGAGACACAAACGCAUUUUGUGGGAUCAGUAUCACAAUCUCCGGUACCCACCAGGGUAUUUUCCUCGGGAUAAUCUCCGUAUGAAGAAUGAUCCUCUGGAUUGGAAUGGAGACCAUAUUCAUACAAAUUUCAAGGAUAUGUACCAGCAUCUGCGUAACAGUGGCUACUAUCUGGAAGUACUGGGGUCUCCAUUCACCUGCUUUGAUGCAUCUCAGUAUGGAACGGUGCUGUUGGUUGAUGCUGAGGAGGAGUACUUCCCUGAGGAAGUAGCCAAACUGAAGAGAGAUGUUGACAAUGGACUGUCUCUUAUAGUUUUUGCUGAUUGGUACAAUGUUACAGUCAUGAAAAAAGUCAAGUUUUAUGAUGAGAACACCAGGCAGUGGUGGAUGCCAGAUACUGGUGGUGCCAAUGUUCCGGCUUUAAAUGACUUGCUUUCAUCAUGGGGCAUUGCCCUGGGAGACAGGGUGUUUGAAGGGGACUAUACUAUUGGUGACCACGAUAUGUAUUAUGGCUCUGGUACCACAAUAGCCCGUUUUCCUGAUAGUGGGAUUGUCAUUUCUCAAAAACUGAAAGAUCAAGGCCAAGAAGUUUUGGGUCAGGAAACAGAGAUCACAGAAAAUGUUCCUAUCUUGGGAUUGCUUCAGAGUAGAGCUGCUGAGAAGAGUGGGAGGGUUGUUAUUUAUGGAGAUUCAAACUGUUUGGACAAUAGCCAUCUUCAGAAAGAUUGUUUCUGGAUGUUGGAUGCUCUUUUAGAGUACACAUCAACUGGACAUUUACCAUCAAUAUUUAAGGAUCAUCAGUCACAGUUCAUAAACAAAAUCACAGACCUUCCUCAGAGAAUGGAGGGUAAUCAUCUAUACAGGUAUUCCAAGGUGCUAGAAAAUCACAUGGGUGCAUUGCAGACAAGAGCAUUGCCUCCAUGUCCACACCUUGUGUGGGCACAGCCCAUACCACUCAACAAGUCCGCACCAACCAAUCUCUACAAGUCACAGAAGCUGCUGUCUCUGUCCAUUGAGGUGCCAAUGUGGCGUAUGGGUCCACCACCAAAAGGAGGUGCAGUAGGCCAGGCAGAGGGGUUAUCAGGAGAGUUUUGGAGUUGGCGUGGUGAAGGAACAGGGAUUGGAGAAUAUGAUGAAGACAGCCUAAGCUUCAUCCCUGCUGUGGCUUUGAUGCUUCUUUCUUGCAUAGUGGUAUUUCUAGCAUAUCGGUACUACCGCCAGCGAACACGGCCCCGAAGGAAGCGUCCGCCACGUCUCAGAAGAAUCAUGGCUGUUUUGAAUGCAGGUCGUGUCCCAGCAGUUUAACAGAAUGUAGUGAAAUAAUGUCUUCCAAAGCGGUACAGUGUGCCAAACAACUUAUCUGUGUUGUUACCAAGCAUAGAACAUCAUCACAAUUUUUAAUGUCUUACAUCUUUUCUUGUAUUAUAAUUAAAAGUGUAUGUUAUGAUGCACAUGAGAAUGCAGACAUAAUCCCAGUGAUAUGUGUAGCAUAAUUUACCAUACCAUACAAUGGUUAGGAAAGACUAAACCAGACAGAUGUAUUUCAGGUGUCAUUAUCACAUUCAUUCGCUCGCACUUCGACUAUAUAUAUAUAUAAGUUUAUCAUUUUUAUCCACAUUUUAUUGCCAUUGCACUGAUAAAUUAAAUGUCAUUAAGAUGUAUUAUGACUAUUUUUAUUGUGUUGUCUAUCAUUUUGUAAACAUUUUAUUUUUAAAAUGUUAUAUGAAUUUACUUUAACUUUAAAAUAAUAUAAAGUUUAUUGUUUCAUGUGUAAAUUACAGCAUUUACCUUUUAUCAAAUGUCUUACCAGUGUCCACCCUCUUCCUCACUGAAACAAGAGUGGAUUAAUGUACUCGACUUUGGGGUACACAUAUAUUCCAAAUGUGUUCUUACAUACUCAUUGUUGUUGAUGGUAAAUAAUGAUAAACAUUUACGUUAUCAGAUAAGAUAAUAAUUCUGUACAUAUCAGUUAGUCCUUAUUCUGAUAAUCACAUAAAGAAUUCAGAACAUAUUUAAUUUUAUGGCUUACAUUACAUGCCAUACUUAAAAGUGUGAGCAGUUAAAAGGAAAAUACCUGUUAGGCUAAAAGUUGGAGAACAGCCAGCUUAAUAUAGUCAUUUUUACUUGUUUCUCCAGUUAACCUUGCUGUUAUCUAAGUACAGGUAUCUAAAUUCUAAAUUGCAACAGGGUGUCUGUAUAUGUGAAUGAACUACACUAAAAUCUAACAUUUAUUUGUGCCACAAAUUUAACAGACUUCAAUGAAUGAACAGUGUGUUUAUUUUUUCAUGAAAGGUCACAUAUUUUUUUCUUUUUUAAGAUUAUAAUCUUUGCUCGAAAGAGAUCUUUUGAUUUGGAUAUUAGUGUGGAACUUGCAAUAAGAGCAUUAGAAAAAGUGUGGUAUAAAUUUGACUAUCAUGUAGAUUCCGUGACAUUAUCAAUUUCAAGGAGAAUCCCAGUAUUGCUAAAUACACUCCCAUGACAAUGUGCAAAGGGAAAGUACUAUCUGGUCUCUUGACACAAUAUACUAUAAUCUGAAAUACCCAGUGUCCAUGCUGUUGUAUUUCAGAUUGGUAGUGUUUGCCUUAAUACUCUCCACAUAAAUGAAUAGGGCAUAUGGCUUCCAAAUGUAUUGAAAUUACUGUAUUUCCUUGUAAGUGAAGUAACUGGUUUAAAUAUAAAUUUACUCAGUU